AUGGAUACAUCAGUUAACUGGACUGUGAUUCACCUGCUGAACAAGCGUAUGCUAGCAGCCCUUAGCACAGAAGUCACAUGGGGGCCCGUGAACGAUGCUGAAGUAUCCGAUGGAUCCUCUGCUUCCUCUCUUGCAGUACGUUACUUACUGAGGAACAGCGUGGAUCCCAAUCUCUGCAAUGAUGACGGCUUGACUGCACUGCAUCAGUGCUGCAUAGAUAACUACGAAGAGAUCGCGAAGAUCCUCCUGAACCGCGGGGCCAACGUCAACGCGCGGGACAAUGAGCUGUGGACCCCCCUCCACGCUGCUGCCACCUGCGGCCACGCCAGCCUGGUCAAGGUCCUCAUCCAGCAGGGCGCUGACCUGUUGGCGGUGAACUCGGAUGGCAACAUGCCCUACGACCUGUGUGAGGAUGACCCCACCCUUGACAUCAUCGAGAUGGCCAUGACCAAUCGAGGGAUCACUCAGGAAAUGAUCAACGAGGUGCGUGUGGCAGUGGAGAAGCGCAUGAUCUCAGACAUCCAGGAGCUGCUGCAGAGCCACCAGGACCUGAACAAGACAGACAAGCAGGGGGCAACACUGCUCCACAUCGCUGCAGCGAAUGAGCGUCCUGUCCUAAUCUCCUCUCCCUCUUUCCAGCUCCACAUCGCUGCAGCGAAUGAGCGUCCUGUCCUAAUCUCCUCUCCCUCUUUCCAGCUCCACAUCGCUGCAGCGAAUGAGCGUCCUGUCCUAAUCUCCUCUCCCUCUUUCCAGCUCCACAUCGCUGCAGCGAAUGAGCGUCCUGUCCUAAUCUCCUCUCCCUCUUUCCAGCUCCACAUCGCUGCAGCGAAUGAGCGUCCUGUCCUAAUCUCCUCUCCCUCUUUCCAGCUCCACAUCGCUGCAGCGAAUGAGCGUCGUGUCCUAAUCUCCUCUCCCUCUUUCCAGCUCCACAUCGCUGCAGCAAAUGGUUACAUCCAGGCUGCAGAACUCCUCUUGGAGCAUGGAGCCCGGGUGAAUAUCAGAGACUUUGACGGUUGGCUGCCACUCCAUGCUGCAGCCUGCUGGGGGCAGAUACAGGUGGCUGAGUUGUUGGUUUCCCAUGGAGCCAGUCUGAAUGCCAAAACCUACCUGGAUGAGACUCCUAUUGACCUGUGUGAGAAUGAGGAGUUCAAAGCCAUGCUCCUGGACCUGAAGCACAAGCAUGACAUCAUCAUGAAGUCCCAGCUCACACACAAGACUUCCCUGUGUAGGAGGACCUCCAGUGCAGGCAGCCGGGGGAAGGUGGUGCGCAGGGCCAGCGUUUCCGAUCUCAACAAUCUAUACAGAAAGGAGUACGAGACCGAGGCCAUCGUGUGGCUGGGGGGGAAGAAGCCGGAGGAGAGGGAGGAGGAUGAACGGGAGAGAGAGUCCGAUCAAGAGAACCCCGUUCCGCAGAAAGCAACACCAGAGAAGACCCCCAAACCAGCCAAGGAGCAGAAACCCACUGGCAGCACUCCGAACGGGAAGAUCUCCUUAUCCAGCACCUCCACACACCCCCCUUGCAAUGGAGAUGCCCCCAGGAGCCCCUCGACCCCAGAGCCCCCCAGCUCCCUUACAGACCCCUGGGCUGCCUACAACGAGCGGAGCCACCAGACCCUGGCGGAGCUGAAGAGGCAGAGAGCCGCCACCAAGCUGCUCAGUCACCCGCUGCUCAACGGUCACCUAGCCAAUGGGACUAGCCCGGCUGAGUCACGCCUGACCCUGGUCUCCUCCAACGGGAGCUCGGUUUAUUACACAGUGACCAGCGGGGACCCGCCCCUUCUGAGACUCAAGCAACCAGUGGAGGAGGUCAAUGUGAAGGCGCAGGGCUGCUGUACCAUUUCGUAGUGGUCAGCUUGCAGGUCAUCGUCUGGUCAUUCUCCUUAAAGAGCACUGCAGCUUUGAGGAUGGGUAGUUGAUAUGAGCUGAGGUCAAAACGCCUAGUGACCACCACAAACCUGCUGUCUGUCACUGGGGUGAUAUGUAGAGCACAGGGAUUCCUUUACUUCAUUCUCAGCUUUGGUGAGCUUUCAAAGCACAAAACGUGCCAAUGAAUUCAAUUAUUCAUAGAGCAGCAGGUCUGAGAAACCAAAGGAUUUACAGACGCAGAGAUAAAACCAAGCUUUACCUGAUCUGAAUCCCAGCUAGAAGCCAAAUAUACAUUUAUUGUCUGUGCUUCGGAAAUUAUGUAUUAAGCAAAAAAUAAUCCUGAUGUGACUGGAAACAGCAAUGGCCUGAAAAUGUUAAAUGUUGAAGCUUGAUCUUUAUCUCUUUCAACCACGCAGGCCGAGCUAUUGGUGCUUGCUGCCAUGACAACAGCAGGUAGGCUGGGAGUAAAGGUCUCAGACACUGGCAGAGAACCUGAGCUGGCACUCUAGCCGCUGAGCCACGUGUCUAUAUUGUAAAUCUUACUGUACAAAGCUGUAAAUAUGUUCUUUUUUAAUGUAAAUGCUUAAAUUAUCUGUAGUUUACCACAGCUGACAAUAUUUUCAAUCUAUAUUUGUAUAAAUAUUUUGUAAAUAUAUCUGUAUCUAGACAGUGUCAGGUCAGUAGUGCAGUUCUGCCUUCAUUCAGAUUAGGUGAAAGCCCCCCUCCUAGCCCUGAAGCACAGAAAGUCAGUGUUACCAUGCUGCACUAUCGCAAAUAGGUACCGCACUGCACAGAACUGUAUUUACUCCGGCAUACGCUAGGCUAAGCCAGUGAGCUCUUAUUAAAUUACAAUGCUUCUCUUCAUCAGUACUCUUAGAGAUGUGUAAGAGGUGCAGCGUUAUACAGAUCCAAUGUUAUCUACAGAACUGGUCAGCUACCCCCUGCUGUUACAGCUGAGGGACGCCCAUCAUCAUGCAUGGACAAUGUGUCCUCUGUGACCAUGGACAACUGACUGCACGUCUUCACUAACAAAAGUGAAUUGACCCAUUAGGGGAGCAAGGACGACCCUGCAUUUCUCAUGAUAUGCGAGUGGUUGGGGUUCUGUUGGAACUGCAGACAAACCGUGGUCACAGAUCAAAAGGGACAGCCACAGGGAUAAGCAGGAACAACAUCUGUGUGGUGGAGAAAGUAAGUUAGAUGCUGUGUUUGAGCCUCAUCUUGUAAGGCGGUUCAGUUUGUGUUUCAUAAACCACAGGCGCAUACCAGCUACCCUCUUUCUUUCAAGGAAUCCACAUUCCAUUCCAGAACAUUCUGUCAGUUCUAAAGACAAUGCAGAGAACGCUGGAAUUAGGAGACAUUCCAGGGCAUCUUAACCAAGAAGGGCCAUGAGGAGGAGCAGCUAUAUUGCAACUGAGUAGUGUAAUACAAAGCACUGGUAGGUUCAUCGUUGACAGUGCCAUAGCAGGUAAUUACUGUACAAUGAUUAGUCAAUGUGCUUUCACCCAGAUUUCACAUCAUGACUGAUGUCAAGGUAUUGUGAGGGUUGCUGCUUCCAGAGACAGUCUAUCCUGGUAUUUGUGCACUCUGGUAUGUGAUCGUGACAGAGAGGAGUUGGAAUUCUCUAAAGAAAAGUAAAAAAAAAAAAAGGACAACUACUGAUUUUGUAAGUACUGAGAAAUAUUGAUGGUUGUGUCAACAGAUUUUAAAUAAAUUGUAUAUUUUGUUCCGA